CAGCCCCAUGCAGCCGCCUGAACGUUUGUCUGAGCUGCUCCUUACCGCCUCCCUGAGGAGGUCAUAAUAAAUAGCCAAGUGAAUUCAUGAAGUGUUCUCCAGUGCGCUCUUUCCUUCGCCGAUGUGCCACUGCCAUCACUUCACCUCUUAAACAUUGCACCCAGCCGCUCACUUUGUUCUGUCUUUAUUUUUUUCAAUUCAAACCUAAUAUGAGUGGACUUUCUGGGCUUUAUAUUCCAGGAGCUUUGUCAAAAUUAAAUCAAAAUGCCCCCUGCCUUUGUUCGGAUAUCUUUUUAAAUAUUUACAAGUUGUCAUGUCAUCUCUGACUGGAAGAGGAGAGAGAUUUCCAGCCUCGAUCGGUGGAGCAGCGCACUGGCGCUCAGAAGUGCAGCAUCACUGCGAGCCCGUCUGCUUUCCUGCAAGCAUCAGAGGGAAGGACUGCCAGCUCAAGGAGCGCCCCACUCCUGAGGGCGCCGGAGGGUCCAGGGGCGACUCACAUCGGAAUAUGUGGCAGGGAGGAGAUGAUGUCCCGUCCUACAAGUCCCUGCCCGGAACCGUAGGAGACCGCAUCAGGAGCACCAUGUCUUUCGGAAGUAGGACUCUGUGCAGAGGAUCUAUGCCGGCGAAUCCCGGUUAUGGGAGGUCUGAGCGGAAAGUUGCGUGCUGCGAGAAGUGCUCGGGGACCCUUGUUGCUCUGAAGAAACAAGCUCUGAGCCUGGCUGUGCACCAUCACUUCUCCUACAAGGACUCAGGUGACCUGUCGGCAUUUCUUCACGACAACCUGUGCGUCCAAAGUCGGUCCACCGCUGAGUCCAGGGAAAGGGAGAGGCAGCAGGGUGAGUGUGGAUCAUGUGGUACGAGUCUAAAGCAGCUCAAACAGGAGGCCAUCCACCUGGCUCUGAGUAGGGGUCAGCCACUAGCCAAGCCCCCUUUUGAAGCCAGCCUCAGCACCGGCUCACUGCUGGGACAAAGUGAGACAAAGCAUGGAGACAGGGCUUCAAGAGAGGCUGCCAUGGCUCAGCAUCAACCACGCAGUCAAACCUACAGUCCUCACAGCCCGCGAAGCCCCAGGACACCUCAGAGGACCCCUCAAACCCUCCGACGCAGGGGACCCAAGCUCCCCAACCCCGAUAUGGAUCGAUGGGUAGAGGAGCAGCAGCAUCGGGUGACUUCUAAAUCUGCCUCCAGUGCUGAUGGUGUCGCAGUCUACACUUACCAUCAGGCUGCAGAUGAUGCCACUCUGAGCUGCGGUGAGACCGGGACCGUACAGACAAGCUCAAAGAUCCCUCACAUCUCUAGAGUGGUGACCAUUGCCAACACUGCGGCUAUGUCCUUUUUGGCCAGGGCAGCAGAGAAACUCAACCUGACGUUGAGGAAAAAGGACCAGGCUUCUGGUCCAGCUCCCUCUCAUCUCUCCACCUGUUUCAGGGAGAUAAUCCAGAAAAACCCACCGUCCGCACCCCCCUGCCUGCUACAAGCUGCCACUAGGACCAAAGACUCGCCCAAUGUUGGCAAGGUCAAAGUCGUGCUGAGAGUGAGCCCAAUGCUGUCUCAGGGCCAAGGCCAACCACCUGUUCUUUGGAUUGACCCAUCCAAGAAGAGAGUAACUGUAAUGGAACCAGUCACCAGAAGCCAACCCCACACUAUAAUGACACUGGGUAGGGAGGGAAAAAGUCCUCUGAAGACCUUCAACUUGGAUGCUGCCUAUCCUCAGGAGUCAAGUCAGGCCGAGGUGUGUGCUGGCGUCUUGGCUGACGUCAUCCGCUGUGUGCUCAGCGGCAGCGAUGGAUGUGUUCUCGGUUUGGGAUGCGCUGAUGUGGGUUCCUGGUCCAGCAUGGUGGGGAGCGGUGAGAACAUCCAGAAGCUUGGGGUGAUUCCUUGUGCCAUAUCCUGGCUGUACAGCGCCAUCGAGCGGCGCCGGGAGAAGACCUGGACAGAUCUGACCGUGUCAGUGUCUGCUGUAGAGCUGUGCUGUGGAGAGGAAGAUACGCUGAGGGAUCUGCUGGGGGAGGUCGUCCCCUCAUUAGGCAGUAUCCAGGACAGCCCAAAAGCCCAUAUUAGAGUUCAGGAGGACCCAGUCUACGGGAUACAGCUACGUAACCACAACAGGGUGAAGGCCCCCACUGCUGAGCGAGCUGCUUCCCUUCUGGACGCAGCAAUUGCCGCACGCAGACACAAUGACUUUGUAACGUACCUGUCCCACAGCUCCAUAAUGUUCUUCACUCUUCACGUCCAGCCCCCUCGUACAGAGAGCAGCACCAUUGGAAAAGGAUCACGUGGCUCCACUAAGUUGACCAUGAUAGAUGUGUGUAAUGGCAUAAGGGGUAUCAACAAAAAUAAACCGCCCCAUGCUGAACUGGGAGCUAUUGUUCUGUCUCUUCUAAAUGGACAUAAAACAACCCCCAGCAAGGGCAGUAAAUUGAAUAUGCUCCUUCGAGAGUCCUUGAGUCAUGCAAAUUGCCAUACUGCAGUGAUUGCUGAAGUCGCUAAUUCACUGGUGCACCUUCAAGAGACGAUCUCUACCAUCCAGCUGGCUUCUCGCAUACGCAGGUCACAGAAGAGGACAAAGCAAUCCACCUCAUGUUCUCCUUGUGGGAGGAGUCUGACCAAAGAAAAGAGAGGGCCUCAGUCUUUGUCCCUGAGGGCGUUUCACUCCACCGAUGCGGUUGAUGUCGACAAUCGUCCUUUCCGGCUGCGUGGUGAAUUAGAUGAGCACUCCAGUAGUGACCAGUCCUGUGAUACCGUGAUCCAAAUAGACUCAGAUGGCUUGGUCCACUCCAAAGCACCCCCAAGGCUGGCACAGCCCGAGUUUGUGCCCAUCAUACCUUCUUUGCAUCCUAACAAGGCAGACAUGGAUGACCCAGAGUUUACUGCUCUUCUCCAAGAGCUUCUUAGAAUUCCUCAACUGCAGGGAGACAAGAAGACAGAGGAACAGCCAGAGAGGGAGUGUCUUAAAUGUGACACCUUCGCUGAACUUCAAGAACGGUUGGGUUGUAUUGACGGAAGUGAAAUGACUAUAGACAUGCUCAAGUCUUCCAUAAAAGGUGCUUCGCUUAAGACAGUCACAACUACAUCACAGCCUCAGAGGGAAACAAGAAAACAGGCAGACACUGAAGCAUCAGAAGCGACGCAGACGAUGUUGAAUCAUGGGUUAGGUUGCAGCCAGAGUGCUGUCGGAGAAAAGGAAGCAGAUGGUGCCUUCCCUGGAGACAGUUUUCAGAGAGAGGAUUCGGGUUUAUAUGACUGUGAGGAGUGUAGUGCCAACAGCUCCAGUGAGGAACUGCUGAAUCAGACUCUUGGUCUUAACCAUACGUGUCGUUCCGAGCCUCCCAAUGCUAGAACUCACAAGUCAUACAAGGAACUCUCUUCCCAGAGCACUGGUAUAGAUGCACAGGGCAAAGCUGCCAAUAGCUCCCGUGCACCUCAGCCUUCAGGGAAGCAAGAGGGUCUUGAAGCUGCUGACUGGUUCAAACCAGAUAAAAGGACCUCACCAGUUGGCAAGAGUUCUCCCAUAUCUCCUUCCCCAUCCUGCUCAUCUUCACACUCCUUGGCUGAAAGUGUUAUACAUGGAGAUGUCUUACCUAACUGCCCUGCAGAGAACAUUAAGGAAAUGAAGGCCACUAUCACAGUGACUGUCCAACAGCCUCUGGAUCUCAAAGGUCAAGAUGAACUUGUCUUCUCUAUGGUUGAGGAGGUGACCAUUAGUGGAGCAUAUGACAGGGGGAGGACAGGUGGAAACAUUAUUUGUAUCAGAGACACUGUCCAGUCACAGGGACAUGAUCAAGGCUUAGCUAACUCUCAACCAAUCAGGAUAAUUAGUAAUGUCAGUGAAGAAUCUGCAACAGCAGGUGCCUCUAAUACAACCAAAAGCUUAGUUGUUCAGCCCGAAGGUACAGGGCCUGUCAGUGAAAAGGCCCAAUAUCAAUUCAGAAAGGAAAAAAGGGUUUUGCCCUCUUUCAUAAAUCCAAUGUUAAUGAAUACAGACGAGGAUUAUAAUUUGGAUGAUGGCAAAGAAAAAGAAAGGUCUCAUGAUACUUUUGAGCAAAACAAGUCAGGGUCUGAGCUCAACAGAAGAGAUGUCAAAUGUCCAGAAGAGAGUAAGAGGAGUGGGCCUUCUGCCCCUGAGACACCUGUCAAAAAGUCUGACAAGACAUCUCCAUCUUGUAGCCAAAUGUCUUAUGAUCCAAUUGAGUUAAGUAUCCACAACAAACUGGCUAAAAACAAAAUGUGUGACAAGAGCCCACAUAAGACAGACAAGAGCCACCCUAGAGACAGUGAGCAUGUUUAUUCCACUAACACACUAAGGGUCUCAGAGGGGGGACAAAACAUUUGUAGACAUGUUGACAAUAAUCCCAAGAGAUUUGGUGUUUCACCUGGUUGCCUAGAAACCAACCUUGCUUCCUCAAAAACAGGCAGUUUACCUUGGGGCUGGCAAAAUGCCAACUGCCAGGACAUCUACCCUGGCUGCCACAUGGCGGACAACCCAAGGGGGGUGACAUCAUCCACUCCGUGUAGCCCAGGGGUAACUCUAGACAGGAGGAAGGGCAGGCAGCUUUCCUCUGGAAACCACAGCCUCCAUAUCUCGUCUCCUCAAAAAUAUGGAUCAGAGUUCAAACAGGAUUCAAAUAGUGCUCCCAGAAAGGGUGUUGGAUCUAUGUUUGAGACCUCAAGUCUGGCUAUGAAACCUGAUAAUACAAACAGCAGGCUGAAAUCACCCAUUGAGGACAGUGGCAGACUUUUCAGUGCCAAACUGGAGCAGCUGGUUUGUAGGACUAAUUCCCUUGGGAGGAUCCCAAGGGAUUUCCCAGCUCUGGAAAGAGGCAGUAGCAGCACUUCAAUGAGCUCUAAGGGGAACUCCAAGGGAUGUACUGAAGGGGCUUGUAAGGCACGUUAUAAAGGAAAUAAUGGGGCAGACUGUACCUUUCCAAGGGCCAGCAGGAGCCCAAGGAAAAAUCCGCGGUCUGACCAUGGUCAUCACUUUUUCCCUUCUGAAAACCCUGCAGCUCAUUCUGCUAGACACACCCACACCAAGCUCUCUGCUGUUGGAAAACUUAAGUUGGCAAGCCCCAAAGUCCGUCGGCUGUCCGCUCCCAGCAUCAAGAACCUCAGCCUCUCCCACAAGAACCUGCACCAGUCCAUCAACCGUAGCGCCAGUCUUUCCCCAGACAGUAAAACGACUAACUUCGAGCGGACCUCCUCCUUUUUUUCCUCUUCCCCUCCACGGUCUUAUUGCUCUAUCAGUCGGACUCCAAGCCAGAGCUCCACAUGCUCAUCCACAAAAUCAGCCAUCCAGGGGUUUGUCAAUGGUCGGAUCUCAGACCUCCUUAAGGAAAGGGCUUCUAGCCCAACUUCAGGAGGACCAGACCAAAUGGCUGCACUUCCCUCCCCAUAUAGUCAGGUGACCGCUCCCCGCAUGCCUGAUCACAUGAGCGGGCACGCAAGUGACACCACCAGCAUUCUGAGUGGGGAUUUACCACCGGCCAUGGGGAAGACAUCCCUGCAUUUCUCUAACAGGAACAGUUUGGUGAGCAGUGGUUAUGACAGCAUGCUUAGGGACAGUGAAGCCACCACCAGCAGCACGUCAAACAGAGAUUCUGUCAGUGACAGGAGCGGCUCUCACCUCAGUGUGGCACGCAGCAGCCGAUCAUCUCGGAGGCGAGGGAACACAGGUGGUCACCAGCGCCGUGUUUCCCACGAUGCACCCCAGCCCCUGAGACGCUCUGCGAGCGGUGUGCGGUCUCGCUGGACAGACCGGGGAAUCCCGGAGGCUUACGAGAUGAAGGUCUAUGAGAUCGACAAUGUGCAGAGGAUGCAGAAAAGAGCAGGUGCUGGCAAACAGGGGCCAGCGUGCUUCAGUGCCAAGCUGAAGUUUUUGGAGCACCGUCAGCAGAGGAUCUCAGGGGUCAGAGCCCGAUACAACAACCUGAGGAGAGAGCUGGAGGACGCCAAGCACGACCUCAUGCUGGAGCCCGCCAAGUGGAACCACGAGUUCGACCUGUGGCAGACUUUCGAGGUGGACUCCCUGGAGCACCUGGAGGCCCUUGAAGGGGUGACAGCUCGGCUGGAGAACAGGGUGAGCCUCUGCAAGGCCAACAUCAUGAUGGUCACCUGCUUCGAUGCUGCCACUAGGAGGCGCCAUAAGAAGCGACGGCGAAAAGCCCCAGAACAGAGGGCCUUGAAGGGGUUUUAAGUUGAAAUGUACCUUAGUAAGACAUAAGACCUGGUUGAUGUCCUGUCUUUAGACUCAGAUUUUUAUCAGCAGUGUUCACUGUUGCUGAAAUUACACACACACACACACACACACACACACACACUGAAGCACCACAGUGCAGCCCAGUGAGGGCACUAUAACAUGCCCUCACUGGGAGGUCAAAGGUCCUAAAGGCUGGCAGCAAUUUUUCAGGCACUUACUAAGGGCUAAACCAUUACCUUACCUACACUGUUACCUGGCAAUGACUACGUUUAUAUGGACAUCAUGUCUCCAACCUGAUUCAAAUCAUUCUGAUUAGAUGUUCUGACUUUACUAUUUACAUGGAUGCGAAGUAGAAUGACCUUAUGGAUAUAUGUGCUCAUGUGCCCCUUGGGCAUGUGCAAAGAUUUUUAAUGUUUUCAUCAAAUCCACAAAUAUAACAGAAUGCAUCAACUGACGCUGAUGCAAACAUGCACAGGAAGAACAUACUCAUUCCACUUGGAGAGCAUACUAGGUCAAUCAUAUUAUGAGGCGCCUGUUCACCUGAUCAUCAAAGCCUUACUCCACUCUUCACAAAACUUCUGGUCUCAGUCUAUUCUGAGGGACAUGGCCUUUUUAAGGAGAUCAUUUGAAGAAUCCUAGUGUCCAUGUGAAUAUAGCCACGUGCACUGCACAUGUGCAGAUUCUACAUCUGUCCCGUAAAUAACCGUUAACACAGGGUCUUCGUGCUUCACUUUUAGUUCUGUGUGCUUUUUUCAGCUCACUGGAGAAACAGGGAAUGUCAGUGUCACCAAAGUAUUGCAUCAUUUCCUGUCCUUGUAUAGAAUCUGUUGAAUUUUCAAAACAUCACCAUUUUUCGCUUUAAGCAAAAGAGACUCUUGAUCUUAUCCAAGUUCUCUGGAAGUCUUCCAGUCCGUCGAAUACUGUACAGACAGUAUGUUUGAUGUUGGCUAUUACCACCAUAGGUGCUUAACUGUACAGGGCCAAAGUCAAGCACCUUUGUAAGUGUGUUAAUAAUCCAAUAUCACUCCGUUUAAGCAACUUCUGGGGAAACUUGAUGCAUACAUGUUCCUCAGCAUCUCCACAAUCAAGUGCACAGUGCCGCUCACUGAAAAAGUCAUGCAAUUUGAAUUAUUUAAUAAAUAAAAUACAGCUUACUAUUAAGUUUUUAAAACUUAAUAUGACAUUUAUGUUAUAUUCUUUACUGACUGAUCAAGCUGUUUUUGUUGUUGUUGUUUUUGUAAAUCAGCCAAGAUACUGACUUGAACAUCACUUGAAGAAGAAUUUCUAUUUUGUAGCAAAGCUGUGUCAGACUAAUGAAGGGAUUGGUCAUGUUUUUACAGUGGAAUACCGUGCCACCCCUGACGCCUUUUUUUAUAGAUAUCUGGUGCUAAAACAGUUAAAACUGUGCAGAGAAACUAAUGUAAAGAAGCUCCAUGGGUUAAAAGGACGCCGCGCUGAAGCAAGCGUUUUGCAGCGAUCUCAGUGUGCGAUUGAGCUGCUGGACGAGACGAGUGAAUAAUCUAUACAAGUUAGCUGAAAUUCCUGCCAGGAGAAAAUUGUGAAUCUUUUUUUCGACCCUCUUCUGAGAAUGGGUGGUCCGUGAUCGAUAAACUGACUGAUAAAACACAUUAGGGAAUGAAUGGGGACAGAAUAAAAAAAUGCAGAUUGUUCUCCAAAUUGUAAUGGAGGAGUAAUUAGUUUAAAGGAAUAAUGUCAUUAGCCCUGUGGCUCUGAGCCAAUCAGACGUCAAGGGCGUACUGAUGAAUAGUAAUCAGAGAACAUUGCUCGGAUGUCUACCUGGAUCGAUGCACUUACAUAUAAAAAGGAGACUUUUACUGGAUGUUUGUUUAGUGAAUCCUAUUAAUCAGCAUGUUGUACAUCACUGUGAAUAAAUGGCCACUGUGUUCAGAC